AUGUGGCAUCCCGCCUCCGUCCACCGCCGUGGCCCGCCUGGCCCAUCGCGGGCCCGCGCGAGCCCGCCGCCGCCCAGUGCCUCCGCCUCCGCGCCCAGCGCACCGGCCCGCUGCCGCCUCGCCGGCGCGCCCCUCCGCUCCGGUCACCGCCUCCGCCCCGGGUCGCGUCCCCGUCGCCCUCUUCCUCUCCCUCUCUCCUUCCCCUGCCUCACCCUCUCUCUCCCCGCGCAGGAGCUCAACGAGCCGCCCCGAGCUCCGCCCCGCAGCCAUCCCGCGUCGCCGGCCCCGCCUCCGGCUAGAUCCGGCAAGGAGCCGCCGGAUCCGCCCCGUCCCGCUCCCGCCGGGGACCUCCCGCCGGGCCACGCCGCCCCGCCGCCUGCAAGCCCCAGCGCCGCCACCCUCUGCUCGUGCUCGAGCACGAGGAGGAUGACGCGCCUCGCCGCCUCGGCCUCGCCCCGGUCCAGAGCCACCUCCGUCGGCCCAGCCCAGCACCGACAUGCCCUUGGGCCCUAG